GUCUGCGAUGGCGGCGAAUCGCGACCAGAAGUCGAGUGAUAUUACAGCGCGGUAGUCGCUUUUUCUUGUAUUAAAUUGUUUUCCAUUUUUAUUAAGAGUGAAAUAAUUACAAAAUGUCUGCAGCAACUAAAGGUAUCUAUAUUGUGGCUGCCAAGCGCACGGCCUUUGGAACCUUCGGUGGAUCCCUGAAGGGCAUCAACCAGACCCAACUCCAGACGACUGCAGCAAAGGCUGCUCUGGAUGCCGCCGGUCUGAAGGGUGAGCAGGUGGACACCGUCAUCGUCGGAAACGUGAUUGCGUCCUCAUCCACGGAUGGCAUUUAUGUACCCCGCCAUGUGGGUCUCAACUGCGGCGUGCCCAUCGAGAAACCCGCCCUCGGCAUCAACCGAUUGUGCGGCUCCGGGUUCCAGUCCAUCGUCAACGGAGCCCAGGACAUCCUGGUUGGUGGUGCUAAGGUGGCUCUGACCGGCGGUGUGGAGAACAUGUCCCAGAGUCCGUUCAUCGCGAGGAACAUGCGCUUCGGCACCACCUUGGGCGCCAACUACAACUUGGAGGACGCCCUGUGGGCUGGCCUCACCGACACCUACUGCAAGCUGCCAAUGGCGCUGACCGCCGAGAACCUGGCCGACCAGUAUAAGAUCACCAGGGAGCGCGUCGACGAAUUCUCGCUGCUGUCUCAGAAGAACUGGGAGAAGGGCCAGAAGGAGGGCGCCUUCGACGCCGAGAUCACACCCAUCAAGCUGAAGGUUAAGGGCAAGGAAGUGGACUUCGUGGUGGACGAGCACCCUCGUCCCAAGACCACCAUCGAGGGUCUGAACAAGCUGCCAUCGCUCUUCAAGAAGGGCGGCGUUGUGACGGCCGGAACUGCCUCCGGAAUCUGUGAUGGUGCCUCCGCUGUGAUUGUGGCCUCAGAGGAGGCCCUCAAGGAGUACAACCUGAAGCCUCUGGCCCGUCUGGUGGCCUUCUCUUUUGUGGGUGUUAAGCCAGAGAUCAUGGGCAUUGGCCCAGUGCCCGCCAUUCAGAAUGUCCUAAAGGUUGCUGGCAAGAAACUGGAGGACAUUGAUCUGAUUGAGAUCAACGAAGCCUUUGCCGCCCAGACCCUGGCUUGUGCCGAUGCCCUGAAACUGGAUCCGUCCAAGCUGAAUGUAAAUGGCGGUGCCAUUGCUUUGGGACAUCCCCUGGGAGCCAGUGGCUCUCGCAUCACUGGCCACCUAGUUCACGAGUUGCAGCGCAAGAAGCUGAAGUACGGCAUUGGAUCCGCCUGCAUCGGAGGUGGUCAGGGUAUUGCCUUGCUCCUGGAGGCUGUCUAAUCUCAGAACUCUGGAACUUAUCCUGCAUUUACACUUAAACUAGUGCUACAAAUUCCGUUUUGAAACUCCCCCGAUAGUAAUAAAGAGAUUAAUUUAACUUUA